GGCCAGUGGCUCCCUGUGGGCUGGCUCAGGAGGCACUUCCUGGGUGUCUGAGCCAGGAGGGAAUCCAGGGCCAGAGAAGCAUCAGGCUAGGGUCAGGUUCUGGGUCAAGGGGUGUGGGAGUUUCAGGGAGGAGGAGGCUGCAUGCUGGGUGGCAGGGGGCCUGUGGGUGCUGGACCUGAGGCUCCCCAGGUCCCUCCUCCCUGAGCCAGGCUGGCCUGGGGCGGCCCCUGUGUAUGAAGGUGUCCCUGGUGGCUGGGGAGGAGGGUAGACAGGCUUGUGGUGCUUCUGAGGUGCACCCACAGACCACCUCUACCCCCACUCCAGGGGUAGUCAGCCCCAGCAGUAGCAGUUCGGGGAGCCAGGGCCCAGCUGGGGGUGCCUCUCCUUCCCCACCUCUGCACUGCUCCCCCCAGCCCCCGCCCUGGGGGGGCCUGCCCAGGCCUCUCCUGGGGCCUGCCUAGAACGGGGCCUCAGUGGUUCAGCAUUCCACCCCGCCCAGUCUGUUGGAUCCCCUGUGCCCGCCUUCCCAGCGCACCUUGAGCCCACCCCUUCCCCACCCAGGCUUCCCAGGCUUAUCCCUCCUUACCAACCAGGUUGGGCCCUCCCCAGCAAGCAGUUCCCAGACCUGGGCAGAGCCAGGGCCCCGAGGGGUUCCCCAUUCCAGAACUCCACCCGGCUCCCUCUGGGCCUUAAGCUGACUCCUCCCCAAGGUCACUUGGCUGUGAGCUGGAAUUUGAACUUGGAGCUGGUCCCUCCACCCUCCCUGCCCUGCUGGGGCCUCCGCCACUGCCCAACAAGGCACCAUGCUCGGCCCUCCCUUUGCACCCGGAAAAUGGCCGCAGUAAAACCAAAGUGCAAUCUGGGCCCUGGGCUGGUCCCAAUCCCUUGGGCCCACACAGCUCCCCUGCCCCAGUCAGCUGACUGGAGCAGGCCUGUGGUGGCCCCUCCCCCAGCUGCUCCCCAACCCAGAUGCCAGCACCUGGACUCACCUUUCUGGCUGGCCCUGCUGGGCCCCCCACCCUGCUCCAGGGAGUUGAAGGCCAUGGGUUCCUAGCCUAGGCGCCCCAAGGAGGGGGGCCGUGUGUCCCAACCUGUGCGUGUCUGUGUGUGCCUGGGGGCCUGGGUUUUGCCCAGGUUUGUGUGUGCCCAGACACACGUGCCCAGUGCCCUUGGCUCAGCCCCUAGGAAUCCCAUUAAGCAAACACUCGGCUCCCUCGCUGAGGUCAUGAGCAUUCCGGACAUUCUCCACGGACAGAUGGUCAGAGGAAUCUGACCAAGCCCCUACUCCCACCCAUCCUGAGAGAGCCAGGACCCUCCGUGGCACAUGGGAGGGGGUGGCCUGAAGCCCCCAGGCCCCUCACACCUCCUGGAAAUCCUCUUUGUAGGUAGGACCUGGUCAAACCAGAAAGUCCUGGGGUGCUCCCUGCCCCUAGAUACCAGUACCCCUGGCCUGUGGACCACCCACUCCAGCCAACCCCAAAUACAGAGGGACAGCCUUGUCAGAGGUCCCCAGGGGGCACAGACCUCACAGGACAUGUUAGUCUGACCCAGGGGGGCCAGGCUCUGCUCACCCCCCUGAGGGUGUGCUCCCUCUAGACUUUGUUCUGGGCUCUGGGUCCCCAAGGCCACACCUCCCCCCGCCCCUACCCCAUCCAGGGUCCAGUCUCAUCCUGUGCUGCCUUCCUCUGGUAUUGGCUCCCACCUGCCUCAGGGCCUUUGAACAUGUGUUCCCUCUGCUUGGAAGGUGGUUCCUCUCCUAGGUCCCCUUUCAGAGCCCCCAGGACACUGUCCUUGCAGGCCCACCUAGAUAGCCUUGAGAGUGGGACUCCUCUACUGGCCCCCCUGGGGCUCCCUGUGGAAGACCAAGGGUCUGGGGUGAGAUAGAGGCCCAUGUCUGCCAGCUGGGACCUGGGCCGGGAGGUCCUGCUGUGUCCAGGAGGCAGGACUCUACUCCCUGAGGACACCCUGCCCAAGCUCUCUGGGGAACCUGGCCAGGACACCAGGGCUGCAGCCUCUGGAUCUGGGGUGGGCGGAAGAGGGGAUCAAGUCCUGCCCUGGGAGCAGUGAAGCCACCGACCAGGCCCCAGGGAGGUGUCAGCUCGGCUGCCCUCUGCACUCAGGUGUGGGCCGGGCACUAGGCCCUGGACUCAGGCCACAAGGUUGCCCUUCCAUCACCAGCCACCACCAAGGACGCCAUGAGCCAGUUGGGGUCUGUGAGCUGCUGCCCAGGUGCUGCCAAUGGCAGCCUGGGCCGGUCUGACAGUGUGGCCAAGAUGAGUGCCAAGGACCUGUUUGAACAGAGGAAGAAGUACUCCAACUCCAACAUCAUCAUGCAUGAGACCUCCCAGUACCACGUCCAGCACCUGGCCACGUUCAUCAUGGACAAGAGUGAGGCCAUUGUGUCCGUGGAUGACGCCAUCCGGAAACUGGUGCAGCUGAGCUCCAAGGAGAAGGUGUGGACACAGGAGAUGCUGCUGCAGGUCAAUGACCAGUCUCUGCGGCUGCUGGAUGUGGAGUCCCAGGAGGAACUGGAGAACUUCCCGCUGCCCACCGUGCGGCACAGCCAGACCGUGCUGAACCAGCUGCGGUACCCCUCCAUACUGCUGCUCGUGUGCCAGGACUCGGAGCAGAGCAAACCCGACAUCCACUUCUUCCACUGCGACGAGGUGGAGGCGGAGCUGGUGCACGAGGACGUCGAGAGCGCGCUGGCCGACUGCCGUCUAGGGAAGAAGCUGAGGCCACAGACCCUGAAGGGCCACCAGGAGAAGAUCCGGCAGCGGCAGUCCGUCCUGCCCGCUCCCAAGGGCCCAGCCCCCAUCCCCUUCCAGCGCUACGGCAGUGACUCCCCGUCCGCCAAGAAUCGAGUGGGCCCGCCGAUGCCACUCACUGAGCCAAGCUUCCGCCGUCGGGAGUCGCAGGAUGAGGAGCCACGCGCUGUGCUGGCUCAGAAGAUAGAAAAGGAAACGCAAAUCCUCAACUGUGCCCUGGACGACAUUGAGUGGUUCGUGGCUCGGCUGCAGAAGGCGGCAGAAGCUUUCAAACAGCUGAACCAGCGCAAGAAGGGGAAGAAGAAAGGGAAGAAGGGGCCAGCAGAGGGUGUCCUUACACUGCGUGCACGGCCCCCCUCUGAGGCCCAGUUCAUCGACUGUUUUCAGAAAAUCAAGCUGGCUAUCAACCUGCUGGCCAAGCUGCAGAAGCACAUUCAGAACCCCAGCGCUGCAGAACUCGUGCACUUCCUCUUUGGACCUCUAGAUCUGAUCGUCAGCACCUGUGGGGGCCCAGACAUCGCACGCUCCGUGUCCAGCCCCCUGCUUUCCCGCGAGGCCGUGGGCUUCCUGCGAGGCCACCUAGUCCCCAAGGAGAUGACGCUGUGGGAUUCGCUGGGGGAGACAUGGACACGCCCCCGUUCUGAGUGGCCCCGGGAGCCGCAGGUGCCCCUCUACGUGCCCAAGUUCCACAGUGGCUGGGAGCCACCCCUGGACGUGCUGCAGGAGGCUCCCUGGGAAGUGGAGGGGCUGGUGUCUGCCCCCGACGAUGAGCCGACUCCAGCGAACCGACCAUCCUUUCGAAACUCCCCCAAACACAGCCUUGUAUCUGAGCCCACAGCUCCACCUCCAGGAGACCCUCUCCCCCAAGUCAGCUCCCCGCAUGCUCACAGGGGCUACGAACCUGGGCCAGCCAUGGCCAAGUACGUCAGGAUCCUCUAUGACUUCACAGCCCGCAACGCCAACGAGCUGUCGGUGCUCAAGGACGAGGUCCUGGAGGUGCUCGAAGAUGGCCACCAGUGGUGGAAGCUUCGCAAUCGCAGUGGCCAGGCAGGAUACGUGCCCUGCAACAUCCUGGAUGAGACUCGGCUGGAGGACGCACCCCAGGAGCGGGCCAGUCUGAAAUAUUGGGGUCCUGCCAGCCCCACCCACAAGCUGCCCCCAAGCUUCGCAGGGAACAAAGACGAGCUCAUCCACCACAUGGAUGAGGUCAACGACGAGCUCAUCAAGAAGAUCAGCCACAUCAAGGCGCAGCCGCAGCGGCACUUCCGCGUGGAGCGCAGCCAGCCGGUGGGCCUGCCGCUCACCUACGAGUCGGGCCCCGCCCCCAGGAUCGUGGAGAACCUGGGCAUCCUGACCGGGCCCCAGCUCUUCUCGCUCAACAAGGACGAGCUGAAGAAAGUCUGCGGGGAGGAAGGUAUCCGCGUGUACAGCCAGCUCACCGUGCAGAAGGCGGUCCUGGAGAAGCAGCAAGGUGGGUCGGAGCUGGAGGAGCUCAUAAGCAAGUUUCAUUCCAAGACCCAGAGGAGGGUGGAGGACGACAGCUAGACCUGGCCAGCUGGGCCCAGCACACCUGCGGCUGGGGGACACGGAGAUGCACCUGCAGAGAGGCCCACCCCCAGUGCAUGGAGUAUUAUUUUUGUAUGUGUGUAUAUUUUGGACCAUGGACACGGGUGGUGGGUGGUGCUGGCUGGGAGCAGCUCACCUGCCUCAUGGCACGUGGCCUGUCCUCAGGCUCAGCGAUGCCUCAGCCCACACCCAUCUGCCUGUCCCAAGGCCCACCUCCCCAAAACUAGCCACCUGGAGAUGCCAGCCGCUCAUGCACCUGCCCCUGAAGCCGGGGCUGCAGCUUUUCCAGCCCCGCCCAGCCCCCUUCCUGGCUUUCAUGACACCUCUCCCUGAGGCCACAGAACCCCCAGGAGGUAGGCAGGGACUUAUCCUUUGGCCUCCUAUCCACAUGGGGGUUCCUCCUGGCACUUGUAACCCUGGCCCCAAACCUCACCCCUGUGGCUGCUACUUCUUCACGCACCUGCACCUGCACACCUCUGGAUGGGCUGUGGGCCAGAAGGGCACUGACCUCAGCACCCUGGGCUCUGAGCCCCCAGAUAUCGCCCACAGCGCCCACCCAGCACACUGCUCCUCAAGGGUGGCCUGGGGGGCUCCAGGCUUCCCUGGGGUGGGGUGCAUGCUGUUCUCCCUCCACCCAUUCAAGGAGCAUAGAUGGACUGGACAGGUACUCCUUCAAGUAUGGCCUUAGACACCCCACACACACCCAAGGCAGAGCUCAAGAUAGGAACUUUCUCCAACCAAGUCUAAGGCCAGGCUUGCCCUGUGUGCCGUGUGGGUGGUGGGUGAGUCUUGGAGCACUGAACUCUGCAGGUUACACCCAGAGAUGAGAGGUGGCCAAGGUUCAAAAGCCAUGUCAUUAAACCAAUUAAGUAUCCUAGCA